CCCGGAAGUACUUUCUUUUUAGUGUUGCUGACAGAGAAGGAGAUCUCUAGCGACUGGUUCGUGACAGGGAAAAUAGAAAGAAAGCAAUUGUUGAGAUGAAUAGUGAAAACUUUUCCAUAAGUGAGAAGAUUGUGUCGCCAUCAUACAUUCGCCAGGGGUCACAGGCACGUCGCAGUCAUGAGCAACUGAUUAGACUGCUUUUGGAACAGGGCAAAUGUCCUGAGGAGGGAUGGAGCGAGAGCACAAUAGAACUCUUCCUGAAUGAACUGGCUGUGAUGGACAGCAACAACUUCUUGGGAAAUUGUGGCGUUGGCGAGAGGGAGGGCAGAGUGGCCUCUAGUCUGGUGGCCCGACGACAUUACAGGUUAAUCCAUGGGAUAGGACGAUCUGGUGACAUUGCUGCAAUUCAACCCAAGGCUACAGGUUCCAGUCUGCUGAACAAGCUGACUAAUUCAGUUGUGCUGGACAUUUUAAAACUUUCAGGUGUGCGAAGUGUGGCCAGUUGUUUCGUAGUUCCAAUGGCAACAGGGAUGAGCCUGACACUGUGCUUCCUAACACUUCGCCACAAGAGACCAAAGGGGCGCUACAUCAUCUGGCCCCGCAUUGACCAGAAGUCCUGUUUCAAAGCUAUGAUCACUGCAGGGUUUGAACCAGUGGUGGUUGAGAACAUUUUGGAGGGUGAUGAGCUGAGAACAGAUAUGGAAGCUGUGGAACGUAAGGUGCAAGAGCUGGGAGCAGAGAACAUCCUUUGCAUCCACUCCACUACUUCUUGCUUUGCCCCACGUGUUCCCGACAGAUUGGAGGAGCUAGCCACUAUGUCUGCCAAAUAUGAUAUCCCCCAUAUUGUCAACAAUGCUUAUGGAGUGCAGUCAUCCAAGUGUAUGCACCUUAUUCAGCAGGGGGCUCGUGUUGGAAGAAUCGAUGCCUUUGUACAAAGCCUGGACAAAAACUUCAUGGUUCCAGUAGGUGGUGCCAUAAUUGCUGGUUUCGAUGAGUCUUUCAUUCAGGAGAUCAGCAGAAUGUAUCCAGGUCGCGCAUCAGCCUCACCCUCCCUAGAUGUACUCAUCACCCUGCUCACCCUGGGAGCCAGCGGCUACAGGAAACUCCUGGCAGAGCAGAAGGAGAUGUACACCUACCUGGCACAGGAGCUGAAAAGGCUUGCUGCGGCUCAUGGGGAGAGACUGCUGCACACCCCACACAACCCCAUAUCACUGGCCAUGUCUCUGGAUGGCCUCCAGACACAGAGCGACAAGUCUGUGACUGAACUGGGCUCCAUGCUGUUCACCAGGCAGGUGUCGGGGGCCAGGGUGGUUGCCCUUGGUAACAAACAGAUGGUGAGCGGUCACAUGUUCUGUGGCUUCAUGUCCCACUCGGAGGCGUAUCCACACCCCUAUCUCAACGCUGCCUCGGCUGUUGGCAUCACACGGGAUGACGUGACACUGUGCAUCAAAAGACUGGACAAGUGCCUGAAGAGCCUCAAGAAGGAAAGCAGUGCAAGAAGUGGUUUACCAGUGCCUCUCACAGGCCUGGAGGACCAUGCUGGAGAGUGAAUAAAAAGAUGUAGGGAAAAAGUGCUCAUGUACUUUUUCAGAUAGUAACAUUUUAUGCCUAGUGAAAAUCUUCAAACCCCUUGCUUUCAAAGUUGUCACAUUUUGCUGCCUUAAAUUUGAAUCUUAAGAAGGAUUACAAUUAUAGAA